AUGUGGAAAAUUUUCGUAGCAAUUUUUUUCGUCAAUGUCGUGUCAAGUGAACCGAUUCGUCAUCCAGUGAUAAUUGGAGGCAUGGAAGCGAAAAUUCAGGAUGUGCCAUACCAGGUUGCGUUAUAUCAUUACGGGAUUUUCAAAUGUGGCGGUUCGAUUUUAAGCGAAUGGUAUAUUUUGACUGCAGCACAUUGCUUGGAUUUUGCGUUUUUGCCCACGGAUGCUGUGACAUUCAGAGCUGGCAGUGCCAAUAACAGAGACGGAGGUGUCAUUGUACAAGCGGAAAAUAUAACCAUUCAUCCGGAAUACGAUGCGGAAACGUUUAAUAAUGAUGUGGCAAUCGUCAAGUUAAAGGAACCGUUAGAGCUGAAUAACGAGAACAUCAAGGCAAUUCGAAUUGUUGACGAGGAUUUUACCAUUAAGAAUUUUGAGAUGGUGCAAGUGAGUGGAUGGGGACGCUUAGAAACAGGAUAUUUACCGGAACAAUUGAUGCGCGUGAUAGUUCCCGUUCUACAUCAUCGUGAAUGCAAUAUUUUUUACAAGCCUCUUCACGAUUCGGAUAUUCUUGAAACCAUGAUUUGUGCUGGCUUCCCCGAAACCGACUCAUGUGACGGAGAUUCUGGCGGUCCUUUGGUCUAUCCACUGGAUAAUGAACUUGUGCAACUUGGUAUUGUCUCAUUCGGUCCAAAUACUUGUGGGGUUUCUGUCGGAGUUUAUACCUACAUCUCGCAUCCCAGUGUCCGAGAAUUCAUUCGCAGCACAUCUGACAUUUAA